UAAUAUAAAUUGUUUAAAUUUCAUGCAAUAAGUGCGCUUUUCAUAUAAAAUACUAAUUAAAUUAUGUGCAUAACGCACAUACUUUAUAUGAAGUUAGAACAAAUUUUUUAGUUAUUUGGUUUUAUAUCGCGCUCUGCCAGCGUCGACGUUUGCGCUGAUAUACGCUUCCGUGUUCAAAUAAAAAAAAUAAUUCUUUAUGUGCAUAUUAAAAAUUAAAUCAAACAAACAGAUUUUUUUAGUAAUUGAAAUCUAAAAAUGGAUUAUUUGGAUAUAAUUAGAACUAAUCAACAGUUCGAAAAAUUUCUAAUAUACCUCAACGAAAAGUCAUACGUUUUUAUAACGUGUUCUUUAUUUGCAUUAUUUGUGAUUACUACUUUAAUAAUAUGCAAAUUAUGGGCUCACCGAAAGAAACAAGAGCUAUUAUUCUUACAGCAAAAAGCCGUCCACGAAAUGCAGGCAUACGACACAAAUUCAAGUGAUAUGCGUUUGCGUUUUCGCAAACGUGACAAAAUGCUUUUCUAUGGUCGUCGUAUGUUACGCAAAGUGAAAAAUGUUUCCGGACAAGUUUACGGUGGACAAGGACGUAAACGGAGAGCAGUAAUGCGUUUUGCUAAACGAAUUUUACAGCUACGACGUGAUCAGACUGAUCCACUUCAUUUGAAGACUGUUGAACCUCCAGUCGAAUAUUUGGAAGAAACAAUGGAAGGUAGUGAUCGAGUACCACCAGAUGCACUUUAUAUGCUACAGAGCAUACGUAUUUUUGGACACUUUGAAAAGCCUAUUUUUCUCAAACUGUGCAAACAUACCGAAGUUUUAACGCUUGAUCCGGGCGACUAUCUAUUCAAAAUAACCGAUGCAGAUGAUAGUGUUUUUAUAGUACAAUCUGGCUUGAUUCAUGUAUAUAUAUCAAAUGCUGACGGUAGCACACUAUCACUGAAAACGGUCAAAAAAGGUGAAUCUGUAACAUCAUUACUUAGUUUUAUAGAUGUACUUUCUGGUAAUCCCAGUUAUUAUAAAACUGUUACUGCGAAAGCAGAGGAGAAGUCUUACGUUAUUAGAUUACCUAUGCAGGCCUUCAAGGAAGUAUUUGAUGAAAAUCCUGAUAUUAUGAUACGCGUCAUACAAGCUAUUAUGAUACGACUGCAGCGCGUACUUUUUACUGCUCUACGGAGUUAUUUAGGUUUAAAUUCUGAAUUAAUGCAAAAUCAUAUGCGACACAAAAAGCAACAAUCUUUUUCCUAUGCAUCCAAAACGUCACCAUCCCAUCGUCGUUCGCAACCUGAAAAUAUACAACAUACCUUAUCAGAUAUGGGGCCUCCACCAGAUAUGCUAGCUGAUAUUUCAAAUGAAUUUCAGCAUUAUAAUGUAAAUACACAAGGUUCACAAUCACUAAAUAGUAAUAAACCUAACAAAAAUUUUGCUCAAUCUCAUAUUGAGCCACAAGUUGGAGUAGCUACAAUUGAUUCCAAUUUGGUGCAUGCCUCAGCUGUUGACAGUUUAUUGUGGGAACUAGGUUUAAAAGACGAAGAUCGUCAUUUUUUAGACCCAUUUGUAGAAGAGCGUGAAGUUGAAGCUGGUGUUACACUGAUUACUGAAGGCAACUCUGAAGAUGUUUGUGUCUGGUUUGUUAUGACUGGUGGCUUAGCCGUUUAUCAAAGUGUUGCUGAUAAUAAACGUAAUAUUCAAACAGAUAAAACUGAAGCUUAUAUACAUAGUGUACAUCCUGGAGAAAUCAUGGGUGGUCUAGCAGUACUAACUGGUGAAGCAAGCCCUUACACAAUAAAAUCAAAAUUUUAUAGCAGAAUUGCUUUUAUAAGGAGACCAUCAAUUUACUUAAUUAUGCGUGAACGUCCCAAUAUUGUGCUUGAUUUGGGUAGCGGUGUUGUGCGCCGUCUUUCGCCAUUAGUUCGUCAAUGUGAUUAUGCUUUAGAUUGGACAUUUCUAGAAUCUGGUCGUGCUGUUUACCGACAGGAUGAGGUUAGCGACAGCACAUAUAUUGUACUAAGUGGACGCUUACGUUCUGUUGCAACGCAUACAAAUGGUAAAAAGGAAAUUGUAGGUGAAUAUGGUAAAGGUGAUCUUGUGGGCAUAAUCGAAAUGAUAACUGAAACCUGUCGCACAACAACUGUAAUGGCUGUACGAGAUUCUGAAUUAGCAAAAUUGCCUGAAGGACUAUUCAAUGCGAUAAAAUUACGAUAUCCAAUUGUGGUCACAAGACUUAUUAGUUUACUUAGUCACAGAAUCUUGGGUACAAUGCAAACAAGACAUGGCUCAAAUUCAGCAACGCUUGAAGCAAAUCCUGUAACACAUAAAUAUUCAACAGUUGCAUUGGUGCCAGUAAGUGAUGAUGUACCACUGACUGCAUUUACUUAUGAAUUAUUUCAUUCCCUUUGUGCUAUUGGUCCGACUCUACGUCUUACAUCAGAAGUUGUGCGUAAACAGUUAGGUUUAAAUAUAUUUGAAUCGAACAAUGAAUACCGUUUGACUUCAUGGUUGGCACAACAAGAAGAUGCAAAUAUAAUAACACUCUACCAGUGUGAUUCAUCAUUAAGUGCUUGGACGCAACGUUGCAUGCGUCAAGCUGAUGUGAUAUUAAUUGUUGGCCUUGGCGAUCGUACACCUGCAGUUGGUAAAUUUGAACGUGAAAUUGAUCGACUGGCUAUGCGUACACAAAAAGAAUUAAUACUACUUUACAAUGAAACCAAUUUAAAACCUAAUAACACUUUACAAUGGCUUAAUGUACGGCCAUGGGUAACCAAACAUCAUCAUGUACAAUGUCCUAAACGUAUGUUUACACGUAAAAGUCAAUAUCGCAUUGUAAGUGAAUAUAUUUAA